GGAGGCUCGCGCUGAGAGGCGAACUGCGCGUGAGUUGGUUUAGUGUCCGCGCGGAGAGCAGCAGAAAGGUACGAUGCAGAAAUGUGGAACUUAUAAACUACAGGAAAAACCACCGAGCGAGGGACGAUAGAACUGGAAAAAGGUGGUUUGGUGAAGUGCGCUCUGCAACCAUGCAGAACCAGCUGACUUCGCUGCUGCUGGUGCAGCUGCUGCUCCUGUGCGGCUGUGCUCAGAACCAAGGGCUGGACACCACGUCUCUCCCACACUUCACUCAUCCUUCUUACAAUGCGACCAUCUUCGAGAACUCUGCUGCUAAGACCUACUUGGAAAGCCAGGUUAAAAUGGGCAUCUACAUCACAAACCCCUCUUGGGAAAUACGGUACAAAAUUGUGUCGGGCGACAACGAGAACCUUUUCAAAGCCGAGGAAUAUCAGUUGGGAGACUUUAGCUUUUUGCGGAUAAGGACCAAAGGAGGCAGCAGUGCCAUUCUUAAUCGGGAAGUGCGAGACCACUAUUUGCUCACGGUCAAAGCUGUGGAAAGGAACUCAAACGCAGAGGCCCGGACACGGGUCAGGGUUCAGGUACUGGACACCAAUGAUCUUCGACCACUGUUUUCUCCCACCUCCUACAGCGUAUCCCUGCCCGAGAACACCGCGAUCCGCACCAGCAUAGCCAAGGUUACAGCAACGGAUGCUGACAUCGGUACGAACGGAGAAUACUACUAUAGCUUUAGAGAGUGGACCGACAUGUUUGCAGUCCACCCCACGAGCGGUGUGGUUACACUUACUGGGAAGCUAGAUUACUCAGAGACGAAGCAGUAUGAAUUGGAGAUAUUGGCGGUAGAUCGUGGUAUGAAACUGUAUGGGAGCAGUGGGUUUAGUAGCAUGGCUAAACUCACGGUACGAGUGGAGCAGGCUAAUGAGCAUGCUCCUGUCAUCACUGCUGUUACCCUGGCACCUUCAGAUGCUGACAAAGACCCUACUUACGCCAUAGUGACUGUUGAGGAUGAUGACCAGGGUGCUAACGGCGAGAUAGCAUCUCUUAGCGUGGUAGCAGGAGACCCAUUACAGCAGUUUAGAGCUAUGAGGACCAGUCCUGGCAGUAAGGAAUACAAAAUUAAAGCAGUGAAGGAAGUUGACUGGGAUAGUCAGCCUUACGGUUACAAUCUCACUCUGCAAGCUAAGGACAAAGGUAGCCCACCUCAGUUUUCCUCUGCUAAAGUCAUCCAUAUUACAUCCCCACAGUUCAAAGUAGGGCCUCCUAAAUUCGAACAAGCUGUUUACAGGGUGAAUGUAAGUGAAUUUGCUCCACUGCACACACCUGUUGUGAUGGUCACAGCUGUGCCAAAGUAUCCCCAACUAAAGUAUGCUUUCAAACAAAAAUUAGACAAAAAUCACUUUGCAAUCAACCCUGACACUGGCUUAAUCACCACAGCUGGCCCCAUCCAUGCUGAUUAUUUGCCCCGAUAUGAGCUAGACGUUAUUACUAGUGACAAAAAAGUAGCCACUAAAGUUAUCAUUGAUGUGAUUGACGUUAACAAUAAUGCUCCAGAGUUUGAGCAGUCAUCUUAUAAAGCCAGUGUUGAUGAAAACAUGCCUGUAGGCACUAGUGUGCUAACAGUAAAAGCCACUGAUUUAGACAGUGGAGAGAAUGGUUAUGUUACAUAUAGCAUAGCUAAUGUAAACCCCCAGCCUUUUGUUAUCGACUACUUCUCUGGUGUCAUCAGCACCUCAGAGCAACUAGAUUACGAAUUGAUGCCAAGGAUUUAUAAUUUACGUGUGCGAGCAUCAGAUUGGGGUGAACCUUUUCGCCGCGAGGUGGAAACACAGGUCAUGAUCACCCUCAGCAAUCUGAACGACAACAAGCCACUCUUUGAAAACGUGGACUGUGAAGUGACCAUUCCCAGAGACCACGGCACCGGAGAACAGAUCACAACCGUGUCAGCAAUUGAUGCCGAUGAGCUUCAGCUGGUCAGGUAUGUGAUAAAAGCCGGCAAUGACCUGAAUUUGUUUGAGCUGAACCCCAACUCGGGUGUGCUAUCUCUGAAGCAGUCCCUUAGCGAGGGUGAGGCGGCCAAGGUGUCCUUCCACAGCUUGCAAAUCACCGCCAAUGAUGGAGAACAUGAGACUCUGCCAAUGUUCUUGAACAUAACUGUCAUCACGGCGCGUAAACCAGUUCAAGUCAAAUGUGUUGACACUGGUGUAGCAACUAUGCUGGCGGAAAAGCUGCUGCAAGGCAGCAAGAUCCACAGCCAAGGGGAACCAGAUGAGAACUUCUUAGACAUCCAUGCCAUCAACCGUGUUGCGCCUCAGUUUGCAGACUCCUUCCCCAGUGUUGUCGAGGUGAAGGAGGACCUGCCAGUUGGUGCUCGGAUUGUGCACUUGAGUGCUUCAGACUCAGACAGUGGUUUCAAUGGGAAACUCGUUUAUGUUAUAUCAGGUGGCGACACAGAGAGCCGGUUUGUUGUUGAUAUGGAUGAUGGUUGGCUGAAGGUGUAUGCUCCACUUGACAGAGAAACAGCCGAUCACUAUACACUCAAUGUUACUGUGUACGAUCUUGGACUACCUCAGAAGUCGUCAUCACGCCUGCUGGAUGUCAAGGUUACAGAUGCUAAUGACAACAGCCCACAGUUUCUGCAAGACUCAUAUUCAGUGGAAAUAAGUGAGAACACAGCUGUGGGCACUGAGAUCAUUCAAGUUGAGGCUAAAGAUAAAGACCUUGGAGAAAAUGGUGUUAUCAGAUACUCUAUAUUGGCAGACACUGAUCAGUUUGCCAUUGAUGAGGAGACUGGAGUUGUUACAGUCAAAAAGCUGUUAGAUCGUGAAGUUCAGUCGGGAUUUGUGCUUAGGAUAGCAGCCCGUGACCAGGCUACUGUUGAGCCUCAACUAGUGACCACUGUGUCGCUUAAAAUCAAUCUGGAAGAUGUCAAUGACAAUCCCCCAAAAUUCAUUCCCCCCAGUUAUCGGGUAAAGGUCCGUGAGGACCUACCUAUUGGUACAGUUAUAAUGUGGCUGGAGGCUCAUGAUCCUGAUGUUGGGCCAUCAAGUCAGAUACGAUAUAGUCUUGUGGACAAUGGUGAGGGAAAAUUUGAAGUAGACAAACUGAGUGGCGCAGUGCGAAUCGUGCAGAAUCUGGAUUAUGAGAAAAAGCAGGUUUACAGUCUUGUUGCGAAGGCUAAGGACAAAGGCAAACCAAUUUCCUUGUCAUCAACCUGUCACAUUGAGGUGGAAGUGGUUGACGUGAAUGAGAACCUGUAUCGUCCGUGGUUCCCGUCAUUUGUGGAUAAGGGAUUUAUCAAAGAGGAUGUGCCAAUUGGAACAUCGGUCAUGAAAGUCACGGCUCAGGAUGAGGACAAAGGUACAGACGGGGAGAUCCGCUACUCCAUUCGGGAUGGAUCUGGUCUGGGGAUCUUUGCCAUCGAUGAAGAAACCGGUGUGAUUCGGACCCUGGAGCUCCUGGACCACGAGACGGUGCCGCACUACUGGCUGACGGUCUACGCCACCGACCGCGGCGUGGUGCCCCUCUCCGCCUUCGUGGAGGUCUACAUCGAGGUGCAGGACGUAAACGACAACGCCCCGCAGACCUCCGAGCCCGUCUACUACCCGUCCGUCAUGGAGAACUCUCCCAAAGACGUCUCCAUCAUCCAGAUCGAGGCCUUCGACCCGGACACCAAGUCCAGCGACAAGCUCGCCUACAAAAUCACCAGCGGCAACCCCCAGGGCUUCUUCACCAUCAACCCCAAGACUGGUCUGGUCACCACCACGUCCCGAAAACUGGACCGAGAGCAGCAGGAUGAACACAUUCUCGAGAUCACGGUGACGGAUCACGGAGUGCCAGCCCGGUCCACCACGGUGCGGGUGAUCGUAAAGGUUCUGGACGAGAACGAUAACCGUCCGGUCUUCAUGGAGAAGGUGUAUAAGAUCAAGCUGCCCGAGCGGGAGAAGGUGGAGAAGGCGGAGAAGUCGUUUCGGCGCGACCCCGUUUACCGUGUGAUCGCGUCCGACCGGGACGACGGCCCCAACGCCGAGAUCUCCUACAGCAUCGAGGAGGGAGACGAGCAGGGCAAGUUCUUCAUCGAACCCAAAACCGGCCUCGUUUCGUCCAAGAAGGUCUCCUCGGCCGGAGAGUACGACAUCCUCACGAUCAAGGCGGUGGAUAACGGGCGGCCCCAGAAAUCGUCCACAUGCCGUCUGCACAUCGAGUGGAUCCCGAAGCCGGAGCCGAGCUCCUCCCCGCUGGCCUUCGACGAGAGCGUCUUCUCCUUCACCGUCAUGGAAAGCGACCCCGUCGCGCACAUGGUCGGGGUGAUCACGAUGGAGGCGGUGGACACUCCCGUCUGGUUCGAGAUCACAGAAAACACCGACGCCAGUGAGGUGUUUUACGUCGUGCAGAUGGCUUGUGACCUGAACUGCACUGCAGAAGGCGGUAACUCGGACCACCGCUUCGACGUGGACAAGGCCAGGGGGACGCUGGUGGUGGCCCGUCCGCUGAACACCGAGCAGAAGUCGAACUACAAUCUCACCCUGGAGGCCACAGACGGCACCCGCACCGCCAGCACACAGGUUCUGAUCAAAGUGAUCGACACUAAUAAUCACCGGCCGCAGUUUUCCGAGCCGCGGUACGAGGUGACGGUUCGUGAGGACGCCCCGCCGGAGACGGAGGCUCUGCGGCUCAGCGCGUCUGACCAGGACGAGAAGAACAAGCUGACCUUCACUCUGCUGAGCAGCACCGACCCGUUCAGCCUGCGCAAGUUCCGCCUGGACCCUGGAACCGGGGUUCUCUAUACCGCAGAGAGACUGGACCACGAGACCAUGCACCAGCACACGCUCACCGUCAUGGUGCGAGACCAGGACAUCCCGGUGAAGCGGAACCUCGUGCGGGUGAUUGUCAAUGUGGAGGACACUAAUGAUAACGCUCCGUGGUUCACUGGAACGCCAUAUACGGGGCGUGUCUUUGAGUCCGCAGCUGUCGGCUCCAGGGUGCUGCAGGUGACGGCUUUGGACAAGGACAAAGGCCAGAAUGCAGAGAUCGUCUACAGCAUCGAAUCAGGAAAUGUGGCUAAUUCAUUUGCCAUUGAUCCUGUUCUGGGGACCAUCACUGUGGCGAAAGAGCUGGACCGAAACAACAAGAAUCAGUUUGAGCUGACGGUGAAAGCUACAGACCGAGGAACUCCACCCCUCAGUGCGACAGCAACUGUUGACAUCACUGUUACUAUCUCAGACAAUGCCAAGCCUAAAUUCACUGAGAAGGAAUUUUCCGCUGAGGUUAGCGAAACUGCACUUCCUGGAACGUUUGUGAGUCUCGUUACGGCCACCAGUCAAUCGUCAGUCUUUUACCAGAUUAAAGAUGGGAACAUGAAUGGAGCUUUUGACAUUAACCCCAACUCUGGAGUGGUUGUGACUCAGAGGGCUCUGGAUUACGAGACAGUACCAUCGUACAAACUUACCAUUCAGGGAACCAACAUGGCUGGCCAGUCUACCAAUGCUACACUUCUCAUUCACCUGAAGGACGAAAAUGACAAUGCUCCAGUCUUCAUCCAGGAUGAGUUUACUGGGAUGGUGAGCGAGUCCUCUCCAGUCAAAAGUGUGGUCCUCACCAAAGACAGCACACCACUAGUCAUCCGGGCUUUAGACAUGGACCGUGACACCAAUGCUAGGUUAGUUUACCAGAUUGUGGAACCAUUUGCCCACAACUACUUUGCUAUUGAUUCCAGCACUGGAGCAAUCAGAACCACAACAGAGCUGGAUUAUGAACAGAAAUCUAUUUUUCGAUUCACCGUGCAAGUCCAUGACAUGGGAAUCCCCCGACACUUUGCAGAAAAAGCUGCAAACGUGACCAUCAAAGUCAUAGAUGUCAACGAUUGCCCACCACAGUUUAGUCAGGACUUGUACGAGACUACAGUUCUAGUGCCAACUUACAAAGGUGUGGAGGUCAUCACCGUCAAUGCCAGUGAUGCAGACUCAGGACCAAAUGCAAGACUCCUGUACUCAAUUGCUGAAGGCAACAUUGGAGAAAAGUUUAAAAUGGAUCCGGUCACUGGGGUUAUUAGCAUUCAAAAUGUCACCCAGUUGAGAAGCAGGUAUGAGCUGAGAGUUAGGGUGUCCGAUGGUAGGUUUUCUAGAAUGGCAUCAGUAAAGAUAAAUGUCAGAGAGAAUAAAGCAAGCAGUCUGAGGUUCACACAAAAUUCCUACAAGGCUUUUGUGCAGGAGAACUCUUUGGAGAAGAAGACUCUGGCUGUCAUUGCGGCUGUGGGCAACCAAGUGAAUGAGCCACUGUUUUACACUAUUUUGAACCCAGAUAGGAGGUUUGAGAUCAGUCGUACGUCUGGUGUACUCUCCUCAACUGGCAUACCCUUUGACCGUGAGGAACAAGACACCUAUGAAAUUGUAGUGGAAGUUAGCAAGGAAGGCAAGUCGUCUGAUGUUGCUCACAUUCUUGUAACAGUUACUGUUGAGGAUGUCAAUGACAAUCCUCCUGUGUUUGUCAACUUGCCUUACCAUGGUCUGGUCCAGAAAGAUGCUGAGGUGGGCCACAUGAUUAGACAGGUUACUGCCAUAGAUGCAGACACUGAGCGUAAUGCAGAGAUAAAGUAUCACCUACAGGAACUGAAUGAAUAUAUCCAGAUCAGCUCAGGCGGUGAACUCUCACUGAAAAAGCCGUUUGAGAAGGACUCCCUGGACUCAGAGUUCGUGGUCACAGUUGUUGCAACGGAUGGUGGGGAACCAUCGCUGUCUGCAACUGUUGAAGUGCCUAUAACUGUAGUAAACAAAGCCAUACCAGUAUUUGAGAAACCGUUCUACAGUCUGGAGAUCCCUGAGAACAUACAACUACACACACCCAUUGUCCAUGUCCAGGCUAGCGACUCUGAAGGGCCUAGGAUAGUGUACACCAUCUCAGAGGGGGAUCCUUAUAGUCAGUUCUCAAUCAACUUCAACACUGGUGUAAUCCAUGUUGUUCAACCUCUCGAUUUUGAGACACACCCUGCCUAUAAACUAAGCAUAAGAGCCAUUGACUCCCUAACUGGUGCUAAAGCUGAAGUUUUUGUUGACAUAAUCUUGGAGGAUGUGAACGACAACCCGCCCGUGUUCCUUGCCAAGUCUUACAACGCAAGCCUUUCUGAAGCCUCAGUGAUCGGCACCUCUGUUGUACAGGUCUCUGCUACCGAUGCAGACACAGGUAACAACAAACUCCUGUUCUACCAGAUAAUCGAGGAUAAAGACCGGAGCUUUGAGUACUUCACCAUUGACCGCGACACAGGAACUAUCUGGACAGCUCGUAUGCUGGACCACGAGGAGAAAACUCAACACAAACUAAUGGUGAGGGCUGUGGAUGGAGGAGUUCCUGCACUUUCAAGUGAAGUCACUGUGACAAUUGACAUCAUGGACCUUAAUGACAAUCCUCCUGUGUUCUCACAAAACGUUUAUGAGGCAGCGGUCAGCGAGCUGGCGCCCCGUGGACAUUUUGUGACUCAAGUUCAGGCUUCAGAUGCAGACAGCUCUGACAGUGCAAAGCUUGAGUUCUCAAUCCUGUCAGGAAAUGAGGAGCAGAACUUUGCCAUUGACAAAAACUCUGGAGCUAUUGUCAUUUCCAAUCACAGGAAGCCACACAUGGAGUCCCUCUAUAACCUUAACGUUUCCGUUUCCGAUGGCGUAUUCAGGAACUCUGCUCUCGUGAAAGUUUCUGUCAUUGGUGCUAACUUCCACAGUCCCACCUUCCCUCAAGUUGACUAUAUUGUUGAGCUUCUGGAAAACUCUCCAGUUGGAACACUGGUGGCAGAGGCCCAAGCAUCGGAUGCUGAUGCAGGUACAUAUGGGCGACUGACAUACCACAUAGUCAACAAUAUUGCCAAAGACAAGUUCUCUGUCAAUGAAGACGGUGAAAUUUUCACUUUGGAGAGUCUUGAUCGAGAGAAUGCUUUGGAGAAAGUCAUUCCAAUCUCUUUGAUGGCAAAAGACGGUGGUGGCAAAGUUGGAUUCUGCACCAUCAGCGUGAUCCUAACUGACAUCAAUGAUAACUCCCCACAGUUUAGAGCUGCAGAAUACAAAGUCAGCAUAGCAGCAGAUGUUCCAAGAGGAACGACAGUGGUUAAAAUUGCAGCUUCUGACAUGGAUGAAGGCAGUAAUGCUGACAUCACUUACACCAUUGAAGCAGACACAGAUAACGUAGCAGAGAACUUUGAAAUCCAUUCUCUCACUGGUGCCAUUGUGACUAAAGAGAGUCUUAUCGGUUUAGAGAACGAGCUGUACACAUUCAUUGUGCGUGCAAAGGAUGGCGGAAAUCCCGCAAGAUCCUCUGUGGUCCCAGUCUACGUCAGGGUGCUAGCCCCAGAAAUCAAAGUGCCGAAGUUUGUAGAACCGCACUACAGGUUUUCUGUAGACGAGGAUCGUCCCCUGGGCUCUGAGAUAGAUGUGAUUCAGGCAGAAAGCGAUCAGCCAGUGAUCUAUAGCCUGGUGAAGGGUAACACCCCAGAGAGCAACAGGGAUGAGGUGUUCGUGGUUGACCGUGACACUGGAGCUCUUAAGCUGGAGAAAAACCUGGACCAUGAGAGCACAAAGUGGUACCAGCUCACUCUCCAAGCACAAAGUGAACACCAAGGCAUUGAGGUCAUCUCCUCUGUGGACAUUAGCAUCCAAGUCAAGGACAUCAAUGAUAAUCAUCCCCUCUUCGAGUCGGAUCCUUAUGAGGCUGUUGUUGCAGAGAACCUUCCAGGAGGCACCUCUGUGAUACAGGUGAAGGCAACGGACUUGGACUCGAGCACAAAUGGGCAGGUUAUGUACAGUCUGGAUCCUGUCCAAGACUCGGCAGAGAUAGCUGAACUGUUUGCCGUUAACAGUGAAACAGGCUGGGUGACCACCCUGAAGGAACUGGACCGGGAACAGAGGGACAAAUACACUGUUGCCGUUCUGGCCACUGAUCGGGGAGACAAAGUGCAGCUGACGGCCCGCACCAAGGUGGAUGUGACGGUAGCAGACGUAAACGACAACUCGCCUCGUUUCACGGCAGAGAUCUACAAAGGCACGGUCAGCGAAGACGACCCUCCUGGUGGUGUGAUCGCCAUCCUCAGCACAACAGAUGCUGACUCUGAGGACAUCAACAAACAAGUGGAAUACUUCAUUACAGGUGGUGACCCGCUGGGCCAGUUUAAUGUGGAAUACGCUCAUGGCGAGUGGAAGGUGUACGUGCGUAAGCCGCUGGACAGGGAGGAGACGGACAAUUACCUGCUCAAUAUCACCGCCACGGACGGGACCUUCGCCGCCAGGGCCGUGGUGGAGGUCAAGGUGCUGGAUGCCAAUGACAACAAUCCUGUCUGCGAGAAGUCUCUUUAUACCGACCGCGUUCCUGAGGACUCUGCUGCUGGACGGCUCAUCCUGCAGGUCUCGGCUGUGGACGCUGAUAUCCGCUCCAACGCCCACAUCACCUACCAGCUUCUCGGAGCUGGAGCGCAACACUUCAGCAUUGACCCUGACACAGGCGAGCUGAAGACCCUCCUCCCGCUGGACCGUGAGGAACAGGAGCUGCACAGGAUGAAGGUGCGCGCGGUGGACGGAGGUGGACGUUACUGCGAGGCGGACGUGGAGAUCACGGUAGAGGACGCCAACGACAACGCCCCACAGUUCACCUCCGACCCCUACAGCAUCACCGUGUUCGAGAACACAGAGAUACACACUCCGGUCGCCCGGCUGCAGGCCACUGACCUCGACACGGGCUCCAAUGCUGCUCUGUUCUUCUCUCUGCUGGACUCUGCUGACGGAUCGUUUUCUGUGGAUGAGGUUUCUGGUGUCUUGUUUCUGGACUCCGCUCUGGACCGCGAACUCCGCUCCUCCUACACGCUCCGCGCUCGCGUGUCUGACCGCGGCUCGCCCCGCCCGCUCUCCUCCACCUGCACCGUCUCCGUCUCCGUGCUGGACAUCAACCACGACCCGCCGGUGUUCCAGCACCGCGAGUACGCCGCCACCGUCCCCGAGGACGUUACCGUGGGAACGCAGGUGCUGCGGGUGCAGGCGCUGAGCCGGGACGCCGAGUCCGGGGACCACAUCACCUACAGCAUCGUCAACGGCAACGAGAGAGGGGCCUUCAGCGUGGACCCACGCACUGGUGGCAUCUUUGUGAUUGAGCCCUUGGAUUAUGAAUCCUCUCACGAGUUUUAUCUGACGGUGGAGGCCACAGACGGAGGGACACCGGCGCUGAGCGACAUGGCCACCGUCAACAUCAACGUCACUGACGUAAACGACAACAGUCCGGUGUUCGGCCAGGCUGUGUACGCCGCCGUGGUCAGUGAGGACGCAGAGCUGGGAAAGACCAUACUGACCGUCGUAGCUGAUGACGCAGACGGACCCUCCAACAACCAGGUGCGCUACUCCAUCGUCGACGGCAACCAAGGCAGUCCAUUCACCAUCGACCCGCUGAAAGGAGAGGUCAAGGUGGCCCGUCAUCUAGACAGAGAAAAGACGUCUGGAUACACUCUGACCGUGAUGGCGUCCGAUGGCGGAAGUCCAGUCCGCUCCAGCAGCGCCACCAUCAACAUCGACGUCUCGGACGUCAACGACAACCCACCGGUCUUCUCCCAGAGCAACUACAGCAUCAUCAUACAGGAGAACCGCCCAGUGGGCACCAGCAUCCUCCAGCUGACCGUGUCUGACCGGGACGCCUCCCACAACGGCCCACCCUUCAACUUCAACAUCGUCAGCGGCGAUGAGAACAACGCCUUCCACAUCACACCGCAGGGCACGCUGGUCUCCACGGCAACCCUGAGCCGCCGGACAAGAGAUCACUAUCUACUGCAGACCCGGGUUUCGGACAGCGGUCGUCCUCCUCUGUCCUCCUCUGUGUUCAUAAGCGUCCGUCUGGUUGAGGAGAGCGUCCACCCUCCGGCCGUCCUGCCGCUGGACGUCUUCAUCACCACAGCAACCGACGAAUACCCAGGCGGCGUCCUGGGCAAGAUCCACGCCACCGACCAGGACAUCUACGACACGUUGACCUACAGCCUCGCGCCUGAUAGCUCCACCCCCUCCUCUCCAAGCUCCACCCCUCUCUUCUCCGUCUCCCCCACCGACGGCAAGCUGGUGGCUCUCUCUGGCCUGGACGGCGGCCAGUACACGCUGAACGCCACGGUGACAGACGGCCGCUUCACGUCGGCUGCACGUGUCAGCGUCCACGUGCGCCGGGCCGCCGCCCACAUGCUGGAGAACUCCAUCGGCGUCCGAUUCGCUGCUAUAGCCCCAGAGGAGUUCAUCGGAGACUACUGGAGGAACUUCCUGCGUGCAUUACGCAACAUCGCUGGUGUCAGGAGGGCGGACGUCCAGCUGGUCAGCCUCCAGCCGGCCGCUGACGCCUCCGGAGACCUGGAGGUCCUCCUGGCCCUGGAGAAGUCUGGAAGUCCCUACCAGCCACAGGAAGUGGUGUACAGGAAGCUGAAUUCCUCAGCCGGUGCGAUUGAAGAGAUGACCGGUGUGCGGAUCGUCCGCGUGGCCAAAAAACUCUGCGCCGGACUGGACUGCCCACUUAGCUACUGUCAGGAGACAGUCACCUUGGAGACGGGGGCGGCGUCCACCUACAGCACGGCGAGAGUCAGCUUCAUCACACCACGACACAUUCGCACGGCCAGGUGUCUCUGUGAGGGUGCUGAGUGUUCAGUGUUCAGUAAGCUGUGUGUGGGGAAUCCGUGUCCUGAGGGUAUGGAGUGUGUGGAAGACCCCACACACACCAAGUUCAGCUGUGUGUGCUCAGACAAGAAAUCAGGACAGUGUUCAGAAGGCCAGGCUCUGACGUUCAGUGGUAACGGCUAUGCCCGCUACAGACUGAUGGAGAAUGAAAAUAAAGAGGAGAUGAAUCUCUCUCUCAGACUCCGCACUUUCUCUGAUCACGCCACCAUCAUGUACGCCAAAGGCACGGACUACAGCAUCCUGGAGAUAGUGAACGGGCGUCUUCAGUACAAGUUUGACUGCGGCAGUGGUCCCGGCGUGGUGUCUGUCCACAGCCCGCUGGUCAGUGAUGGCGAGUGGCACUCCGUGUCUCUGGAGGUGGACGGUAAUUACGCCCGGCUUGUGCUGGAUGGUGUCCAUGCCGCCUCGGGGAAAGCCCCAGGGAACCUGCGCACCCUCAACCUGGACACCAGCGUGUUCUUCGGGGGCCGUGGAGGUCGGUCUGUGGGGGGCAGUGGCGGCCGGCUGGGGCGGAGCCUGCCUGUGACCGGCGGCCUGCGUGGCUGCCUGGAGGCCAUCGUGCUGAACGGCCGGGAUCUGCCUCUGAGGCAGCAGCCCCGUGGGGCCCACGGCGUGCUGGAGGAGCUGGUGGAGGCAGCUCCCGGCUGCAGCCUCCCACCUCCAGCCCCCGUCUGCACUAGUAACCCCUGCAGCAAUGGAGGGACCUGCACGGAACUGCCCAACGGAGGUUAUUUCUGUAAGUGCAGUGCUCUGUUUAUGGGCACUCACUGUGAGGUCAGUAUCAGCCCCUGCUCCUCAAACCCCUGCCUGUAUGGAGGAACCUGUGUCCCUCGCGGAGACGACUUCUACUGCCAGUGCCGAGGACAGUACUCCGGCCAACGGUGUCAGCUGGGUCCGUACUGUACGGAGAACCCCUGUAAGAACAGCGGCCGCUGCAUCGACAGCUUAGAUGGCCCGGUGUGCGAAUGUGAGCCCGGUUUCCAAGGCGACAGGUGUUUGAGUGACGUGGACGAGUGUAUGAAGAACCCGUGCUCUAAUGGAGGUCAGUGCCACAACACGUACGGCUCCUUCAGCUGUAACUGCUCGCUGGGCUUCGGGGGGCGCCAAUGUGAGCUUCGCGCCGAAGUCCGCAACGACUUCAUCUCCACAUCCUGGAACAUCGGCCUGGAGGAGGUCAUCGGCAUCGCUGUCUUCGUCGUCGGCAUUUUCCUCAUGGUUCUGCUCUUCGUGCUGAUCCGCAAGCGUGCAUGCCGGCGCUCCAAAUCCGACAUGUCCCCAGACGACAGCACUAAACGUUUAGGAGGCUCCGGCCCUCAUUCCUUCCUCCAUCGGCCGUACUUUGACACCAAGCCCAGCAAGAACAUUUACUCGGACGUGCCGCCACAGGUGCCCGUGCGGCCCAUCUCGUAUACCCCCAGCAUUCCCAGCGACUCUCGGAACAACCUGGACCGGAACUCGUUCGAGGGCUCGGCCAUUCCCGAGCACCCUGAGUUCAGCACGUUUAACCCAGACUCUAUCCAUGGGCACCGCAAGACCGUGGCCGUGUGCAGCGUCGCCCCAAACCUGCCCCCACCACCACCAUCCAACUCUGUCUCGGACAGUGACUCCAUCCAGAAGCCCAGCUGGGACUACGACUACGAUGCUAAAGUAGUGGAUCUGGACCCGUGCCUCAGUAAGAAGGUAGUGGAGGACAGUGCAUGUCACCCCUACAACACCAGGGGGAGCAUGUCUGAGGUCCAGUCCCUCAGCUCCUUUCAGUCCGAAUCCUGCGAUGAUAACGCCUCCCUAGUGACAGUAAUCCACCUGGUCAGCUCAGCGGCUGGCUCGGUGGAGACGGAAGAGUCGUUCUCGCCUCAUGAGCUCAAGAACCCAAGAGGAUAUCACUGGGACACAUCUGAUUGGAUGCCGAGCGUUCAGCUUCCUGGAAUCCAGGAGUUUCCUCAGUAUGAGGUGGUGGAGGCUCCGCCCACUCUGUACAAUGACCCCGCCCUGCUGGACACGGACUAUUACCCUGGCGGCUAUGACAUCGAGAGCGAUUUCCCGCCUCCGCCCGACGACUUCCCCCCGCACGACGACUUGCCCCCGCCCCCGCCCGUGCCGGAGUAUGGCUACGACACGCUCCAGUCACCCAGCAGCCGAGCGCUCAACAGCGCCCCCUCCAGCCCCGGAGGAUCAGCGGUGCGCCAGCGGCCGCCGUUACCCCAGCUCUACACCCUCAGCCCCUACCUCCCUCGCCACCAUUACCCCUCGGACCCGGAGCCCCAGAGUGACCCCAGCAACUCCGGCUCCGGGUCCAGGCCAGGGCGCUACCCGCUGGGCUACGGGCGGGAUUUAGACACCCCAGCAGCAGAUAACAUGUCGCUGUCGCUGUACACGUCCACGGCCUCGUGCUCGGACAUGUCGGCCUGCUGCGAGGAGUCGGAGGCGCUGAUGAGCGAUUACGACAGUGGCGGAGAGGAUGGAGGAGCGCAGUUUCAGCGGCUCGUCAUACCUCCGCUGGAUUCACAGCAACAACAACAGCAGCAUACUGAAGUCUGACACUGGAUCCAAAAAGAGCAGAAAAAAGAAAAGUGCCUGAAAACUAAAUCUUAUGCAGGAGACUCUUAUCGUCAACAAAGCAACACACACACACACACACACACACACACACACACACACACACACAAACAAACUGCAAUUACUCUUACAGACAUUCAAGGACUCAACAAAGCAUUAGAUUCGCACAUCCUAGAGGUCUGCACAAUCCAUGAGAGGGAGACCCAACCCAGCCCAACUGGUAAAUUUGAAACCUGAACCUCCUCCGAACCUCGGAGUUUGAGACUUGGCCCAAACCAAAAUGGCCCGACUCAUACUGCAAAAUUUGAAAUCUGAACCAGACGCGUACCCACGACUUUGAAACCCAGCCUGACCUGACGAGUACUGCUAAAUUUGAAACCCAAACCCGAUCCAACCCGACUGGUACUGCUAAAUUUGAAACAUGAAUCCAGCACCUACCCUUGACUUUGAAACCCAACCUGGCCCGGCUGGUACUGCUAAAUUUGAAACAUGAACCAGGCGCAUACCGGUGACUUUGAAACCUAAAACCAAACUGGACCAACCCCUCAAUUUUGAGACCCAACCAGACAAACACUGCUAAAUUUGAAACCCCAAACUGAACCCAAAUCGAGCCUGCAAGUUUGAGACCCGGCCCUGAACCUGCUCACCCACACUAAGGUUAACAAAGAUGGGUUAUCGCCGACACAGUUUUAUGGUUCAUUGUUCUUUACUAAGCUCUUAAGCUCAUCAACAGAAAAUGUCCUGCUGGGAUAAACUGGUCUUUUACACUAACAGGAUUUAUUAUCGGUAUAUUUUUGUGGAAUCGCUGAUCGUAGCUCCUCUGAUCAGCUGUUAGCUCAGCUGCACUAUAGUUCCUCACGCUACUGCUGCUACUGCAGGAACACUUAACACACUGCGGGAGAACUUAACCUUGUAAGAUGAUGCAAAAACCUGUCGUUUUAUCUAAUGAAAAGCACAGAGUGUCCAACAGUAACGGAGGCCUCGUGCAUCUUUUACACAGUGAUAGGAAACACUGUUGGACGUACUGGAGCUGAAGUGAUUUCACUGUUGGUAGCGGUGCCAUUACUGUGUUGGUCCUUUUCGGGCUUGGGUUGGGUCGCAGACCUCUUGCGCAUACAUACACACAGUCAAGCUGUAUGCAAGAUAUUUUACCACACAAACACGAACAAGGACAAGGACAGUUCCUCCUCUCGUUGCCUAGAGGAGUUUGGACACAGCGGUUUAUUCCACAAGCGGUCGUGGAGCUGAGGACGUAUUUUCUUGUGAAUUUGCUGUGCCGAUACUGUUAUUAUGCACACGAUGUCAGAAAGAAACCGUGUUAAAGAUGUUGUCACACCCUCAUGCCCAUGGAAAAAAAAACAAAAAAACAAAAAAGAAAAAGCAACAUUUCAAAGCGAUAUCUGUCUGUAUUUGUAUAGUUAAAAAAAACAUGCAAACUGUUGUGUUUCUUUUCUAAAAUUACAAAUCCUCAUUCAUUUGUAAUGUAAAUGGUACUGUACAGUUUUGAUUUCAAAGGUUUACUAGGUUGUUUUGUAGAUACGAUUUUUAUUUUCCAAAAAAAGAAAGGAAAAAAAUGCACAAACUAAAGGAGUGUCAUUAUCAGCCUUACUGUAUUUUCAUUCACAAAAAAAAAGGAGGAGAAAAAAUAAAGAUGUACGAGUUGAUAUGCGAGAAACGUUCGACUGUCUCCACACUCGAUCCACAAGUAAAUAUUUCCCGGGCGUCCGCAUUUUAUCGUGAUGUUCUUUUCAUAUUUUUUGUUGUUUGUUUGUAAAUUGCAACUUUGAAACCUCUUUAUUUUUCCACCGUCAAAAAAACGGGACCCAGUAUAUUUAUAUUGCGAGAUGAAGCGUGGAUGCGUUUCUUUUUCAGGCGUCCGCUCGCGUGUGGGCGAUGCUCUGGUCUUGUUUAUGGUUUGUUUUUUUUAAUACUGCCACUAGCUUAACCGCUUUACUACUGGCAAUAAAUUAUUCUUAAAAAUAA